GUAGCACAGAGGCUUACUGAAGUUUCCUUCCCUCCAGAUGUUAUAAAGUGCAGAAAGGAGAGAAGUUCUGGUGUCCAGCAAUGCCCAGUCUGUGCUAGUCCCAGAAAUCACAGUGGGAAAAGUUUGGCAGAUCUUCCUUCUGCAUCUUUCACCUGCACCAAGCCAGUCAUCCAGGACUCCCUGAAAUCCAGGAACCUCACGCUGCCGGACGAUGGGGAUGUCACCUCUGUGUCACCCAAGGACUUGAUAGCCCCGAUAGGAUCUGUGGUUCUGAACCUGACUGACCAAGCAGGAAAUCGAGGCAACUUGGUUUGCGAUGUCCAGAAACCAAAGGAAAUGUCUCCCAUCUCGUUUGACAAGAACGGCCACAGCACGGUGCUCAAAACCUCGUUCUCAGCAUUCCUGGUGUGCGCUGUCGAUUAUGAACACAUCCAGCAGCUCUGGAGCAUCCUGGCCCUGUACAGCAACUCUCCUUUGGAGCUGGAGCAAACCGCGCAGACAACCGACGUGCCUUUUGUCAGCUACAAAUACAAGCAGCUCUCCGGUGAGAAGGAUGAGCUUUUCACCAGCAUCGAGGCGGUGCUGCGGGCUGAGCCAGCCUGGCUGCUGCAGAGCCGGGUGUCCCUGCAGCUGGACAGGAUGGCCACGACCCUGAGCGCCCUGCACGUCCGCUACUCCACCCGCGCCCGGCUCAGCCUGCCCAGCCCCGACAGCCCGGCCGGACACGGCUGGGCCAUCAUUUCCAGGGACAACAGCACGCAGACGGAGCACACGGUGCUGGUGGGGGGCACGGUGGAGCUGGGCUGCCGGGCGGUGGGCGAACCGGCUCCGGCCGUGCGGUGGCUGCUGGCCGACGGCAGCGCCGUGCGGGCUCCCCACCUCAGCGAGGACGGCAGGAUCGUGGUGCUGCAGAGCGGGCUGCUGACCCUGAGGACAGCCGAUGUGUUCGACACGGGGCUCUACCUCUGCAUCGGCAGCAACCAGCACGAUGCGGACGCGCUGGCGUUCCGAAUCACCGUGCUGGAUCCCGCGGUGGGGCGCGGCGGGGUCAAUGGGGCCCGGCUGUCCGCUGCCCUGGGCAGCACCCUGCACCUGCCCUGCACCUCCGCGGCUGCCCCGGACCCUGCCCUCACCUGGGUCCUGCCUGAGCACACGGUUCUUCGCCACUCCGCAGGAAACAAACGCAUUUUUGCCAACGGCACCUUGGCAAUCCAGGGCGUGACGGAGAGGGACGUGGGCUACUUCCGAUGUGUGGCAGCCAACAGGUACGGUGCUGAUCUUCUGGUGUUCCAAGUGCUCGUGGGACAGGAUGACACUGCUCUGAAGAAACAGCGUGAGGCUCUGGGACAGUGGGAAGAAGGCUCUGGCAAUGAACUGCUGCACUCUGCUUCAGCUCAGAGACAUCCCUGGGGCACUGCAGCCACCCUGGCAGCUCCUGGGGGAUCUGCUGCAGCACACAGACAUCCCUCGGGCACUGCAGCCACCCUG